AUGACUGUUACAAACAGCCACAGAGUGGAAAAUCAAUCCGACUCUCAACUUAAAGCUUCUGCAGAACCAACCAGCGGGGAUAGUCCGAUCACCUUGGCACAUUCUAAUGCACCUACGCCGCAGUCGCAUGAACAAGAUGAAAAGAGCCACGAAUACAAUGUCCAAAAUGCAGAGGAAACGACAACAAAACGCCGGUAUUGGACUGGUCUUAUGGAUGUAAUAUUCUGGACACCGCCGCGAUGUCGAUGGGAUCCGGAGAAUCCGUUCAAGUUCGGCUUGCCUUUAAAUAUCCUGUUCGCAUUCUCCGGGACUUUCACAGUCGCCAAUCUGUAUUAUUCGCACCCUAUUCUUGAUGUGCUUGCCCAGUUCUUUGGCGUCACCUAUGAGCGAGUCUCAUUGAUUCCGACCUGCAGUCAAGCUGGUUCUGUGACUACUGUAACUCCACAAAUCAUGCUUCCCCUCGUUGGUGAUCUCGUACCCCCAGCUCGCCGCGCAACAGCCCUAUCUAUCGUUUCUUCCGGGCUCGUUCUAGGGCUUCUCUUCGCCCGCCUUCUCUCAGGCAUAGUAGCAGAAUACUCCUACUGGCGAAACAUCUAUUGGCUAUCACUAGCCCUCCAAUUCCUCAUCUUCGCCCUACUCUGGAUGUUCAUGCCAGACUACCCGAGCACCAACACCAACAUCUCCUACUUCAAAAUCCUAUAUUCGAUCAUCGGCUAUUACUGGACAUCCCCAGUGCUAGUACAAGCAACACUAAUGGGAUUCUUUCUCUCCGCCACAUUCACCAGUUUCUGGACAACCCUCACCUUCCUCCUAUCAGGAGAUCCAUACAACUAUCCAACCUUGACGAUAGGACUGUUCUCCCUAGCAGGGUUGACACCAAUGUUCCUGGGUCCGUUCUAUUCGCGCUAUAUGAUCGACAAAUUUGUGCCGCAGCUAUCCAUUCUCGUCAGUUUGAGCAUCCUCAUCAUUGGUGUCAGCGUCGGUACCUAUACUGGAACCUAUAGUGUCGCCGGUCCGAUUAUCCAAGCUGCACUACAGGACUUUGGUCUGCAGAUGACGCAGGUGGCUAAUCGUACAGCUAUCUAUAGCGUUGCGCCGAAGGCUCGCAACAGGAUUAAUACUGGGUAUAUGAUGGGUGUAUUUUGUGGUCAGUUGAUGGGUACUUCCGUUGGGAAUCGCAUCUAUAGUGAAGGGGGUUGGAUUCUGACUGGAAGUGUCAGUUUGGCAUUCAUCGGGGCGGCUCUGUUUAUUUGUCUUCUUCGCGGGCCGGCUGAGAAAGGAUGGAUUGGGUGGCAUGGCGGUAUUCGGAUCCGGCGAGCGGAGUAG